AUGGGGAGAGCUCCUUGCUGUGACAAAGCCAACGUGAAAAGAGGGCCAUGGUCCCCUGAAGAAGACACAGCUCUCAAGAACUAUGUUGAGCGAUAUGGAACUGGUGGUAACUGGAUUGCUUUACCCCGCAAAGCAGGAAUUAAACGUUGUGGCAAGAGUUGCCGUUUGAGAUGGCUCAAUUAUCUCAGACCAGACAUCAAACAUGGAGGUUUUACUGAGGAAGAAGACAAUAUAAUCUGUACCCUGUACAAUAGUAUUGGGAGCAGAUGGUCUGUCAUUGCUUCUCAAUUACCAGGAAGAACUGAUAAUGAUGUGAAGAAUUACUGGAAUACAAAGCUGAAGAAGAAACUAAUUGCAGGAAAGAUUGGUUUUCCAAGCAACACUACAAUUUCUCCAGCUGCUUUAACUAAAGCUCAGAACUACAAGCAUGGUUUUUCAGCUAGUAUUAACACAAGCUUCUCAACAUUUCCAUUGUCCAAUGAAGUUGGAUUGGGACAAAAUUUGGAUUUUAAAACAUUGGUUGCAGACCCAGCAGCAGGUCAUUAUAUUCCUGAAUUUGGAACAAGUACAAACAGCAGUUACAGUGUCUCAUCAUCUCAAGAAGUUUCAUCAAGCUUCUCAGUUGCUGCUUCUUCUUCUACUUCUCUUAUCAUGGACAAUAGCUUUUUUUCAUGGCCUAGCAAUAAUGGAGGUGGAGAAGAAGAUGGGUUCUUCAUGGAUUUUGGAUUUAACUCUCCAUAUGAUUUGCUCAGUGGCUUUGGUUUUCAGGGGAAGAUCAGCACUGAAGUUGCUCCAAGCUUAACUAACCCUCCUUACACUAAUUUGUAAAGUUUCAGUAGUUGAAAAUAUCUCCAAACAGGAAAUAAAAUUCAAAAAAAAGAGAGAGACAGAGACAGUAACUUGUAGUUUAGAUUUUGUUUUAAUGGGUCUUGAUCAUGAUGAUGGGGAAGAGGAGAAAAAUAUAGGUUCCAUGUAAAUGAAAUUUGAAGUAAAGGGAACAAUAGUAUUAGAUUUUCAGAUUUUCCAAUUUGAUAAUUUUUUUCCUUUCAAAAGCUUUCAUAGAACUUGUCAGUGGGUCUUUGAUUCAGUUUUGUUUUUAAAGGUGAGAUGUUCAUGAAUGUGAGGGGAUGUCAGCUAUAAUGUUUGUUUCUGUC